AUGACCAAUUUUCUGCCAGGUUAUCAAGCUGGAAUCCAUGGUGUGAUCUAUGUGAUGCAUGGUGAAAUUCCCGUGCAUAUGUCGGCAUGGAUACGAUUCGAUGCCCAUCUGGUUCAAACGGUCAUUGGAACCCAGUCACGGAGAGAGAGGACCGCAACCGUCCAGAUUUUGAGAGUUAAGGUUACUGAUUAUGCCUCCUUAAUCCCAGUCAUCAUCGUCAUCUUCCACUGUGGGCCUCGAGGACUUCAGCUUGGAUGGGCGUUCAUCUUCCGAAGAGUCCGACCGUUUCUUCAGACGGACAUCGCUUUCUUUGACGGCACCUAA